CAUGAGGCUUAAUAGUUAAGUACACUAUUGUAUUCCAAGCCUUGUACAUCAGCCACUGCAGACCAUAAACCUUAACCAUCAAGGCAAGAGGCAGAUCUGGAAGGUGUAAAUCUUAGUGACCUGCCUGCCCUUAUGGGUUCAGACCACCCUGAGAAGUUAGCAGGUGAUGCAUUUCCUCUUGCCCCCCACACCCCAGUCUCCCGGAUCUUCCACCACCCCUGCCUUUGAUGACUCAGCCUGACACACCGCCAUCACCAUCUCUCAGCCUGCAGCUUGCGCGCCAUCUUCCCCUCUGGUGUCUCCUGGACCUCCCACUACCCUCGCCUCUGAUCACUUGGCCUGACACACCACCAUUCCCACCUCUCAGCCUGCAGUGUGCGCGACAUCUUCCCUAUUCUGAUGAACAAAGAUGAAGUUGCAGAGAGGUGAAGGGUCUGGCCCAGGUCAUUCAGCCAGAGAGCCUGGAGCGAGGGAUUCCCUGUGAUAGCAGAGCCAGAAGAAAGACUGAAAGGUGGAGCUGGGUGCAUGAGACCCUAGAAGCAGGUCCCAUGGAUGUUACGGUGACGUCACUUGAACCAGUGGAGUCCUACAAAGGCAGAAUUGUAGCAUCUGUAAUCGAGUGGAUCUCGCCUAAGCCCUUGCUGCAUGGGAAAGCACCUACAGGUGGUGCUGGCUGGUGUGCAUGCUUUCGGACCCAAGCUUAACUUUUCAAAUGUGGAAUCCUAGGCCUUCAUUGGUCUCUGAAAGAAGUUGACUGCCUGGAAGGAAACUACGAAACAUGAAAAUUGCUUUGAGGUGACCAGCAAGCCCCUUGCUCCUGCCAGGGUGGAUCUGAGUUUUAGAACUGUAACUUCAGAUGAGGAAACUCGGGCCCAGAGAGAGGGAGUGACAGCCCCGUCACAGCGUGUGGAGCGCCUACCCUCCGACCGUGGGCAGCACACCGCCCUCUUUACCUUGGCUUGCUGUUGGAGCCCCUUGCAAGACCUCCAAUGGCAGACCAAAGAAUGGACAUUUCUUCAACCAUUAGUGAUUUCAUGUCCCCGGGUGCCACCGACCUCCUCUCCAGCCCCCUCGGCACCAGCAGCGUGGAUUGCAACCGCAAAAGGAAAGGCAGCUCCACGGACUACCAACUUGAUGACUUUUCUUUUGAAGAAAGUAUGGACACAGACAAAGAGGAUCCUCAUGGAAGGUUAGAAUACACAGAGCACCAAGGAAGGAUCAAAAAUGCAAGGGAAGCUCACAGUCAGAUCGAAAAGCGGCGUCGGGAUAAAAUGAACAGUUUCAUUGAUGAAUUGGCUUCCUUGGUUCCGACGUGCAACGCGAUGUCCAGGAAGUUAGAUAAACUUACUGUGCUGAGGAUGGCUGUUCAGCACAUGAAAACAUUACGAGGUGCCACCAAUCCAUACACAGAAGCAAACUACAAACCAACUUUUCUGUCAGAUGAUGAAUUGAAACACCUCAUUCUCAGGGCAGCAGAUGGGUUUUUGUUUGUCGUCGGGUGUGACCGAGGGAAGAUCCUCUUUGUGUCAGAGUCCGUCUUCAAGAUCCUCAACUACAGCCAGAAUGACCUGAUAGGUCAGAGUCUGUUUGAUUACCUGCAUCCUAAAGAUAUCGCCAAAGUCAAGGAGCAGCUCUCCUCCUCCGACACUGCACCCCGGGAGCGGCUCAUCGAUGCAAAAACUGGACUUCCAGUUAAAACAGAUAUAACCCCUGGGCCAUCUCGAUUAUGUUCUGGAGCACGACGUUCUUUCUUCUGUAGGAUGAAGUGUAACAGGCCUUCAGUAAAGGUUGAAGACAAGGAUUUCCCCUCUACCUGCUCAAAGAAAAAAGCGGAUCGAAAAAGCUUCUGCACAAUCCACAGCACAGGAUAUUUGAAGAGCUGGCCACCCACAAAGAUGGGGCUGGAUGAAGACAACGAACCAGACAACGAAGGCUGCAAUCUCAGCUGCCUGGUCGCCAUUGGUCGGCUGCAUUCUCACGUGGUUCCACAACCAGUGAAUGGGGAGAUCAGGGUGAAAUCAAUGGAAUAUGUUUCUCGGCACGCCAUAGACGGGAAGUUUGUUUUUGUAGACCAGAGGGCAACAGCUAUUUUGGCAUAUUUACCGCAAGAACUUCUAGGCACAUCAUGUUAUGAGUAUUUUCACCAGGAUGACAUAGGACAUCUUGCAGAAUGUCAUAGACAAGUUUUACAGACAAGAGAAAAGAUUACAACUAAUUGCUAUAAGUUUAAAAUCAAGGAUGGUUCUUUCAUCACGCUACGGAGUCGAUGGUUCAGUUUCAUGAACCCUUGGACCAAGGAAGUAGAAUACAUUGUCUCCACCAACACAGUCGUUCUAGCCAACGUCCUGGAAGGUGGGGACCCAACCUUCCCGCAGCUCACGGCGUCCCCCCACAGCAUGGACAGCAUGCUGCCCUCUGGAGAAGGUGGCCCGAAGAGGACCCACCCCACUGUUCCAGGGAUUCCAGGGGGAACCAGGGCCGGGGCAGGAAAAAUAGGUCGCAUGAUUGCUGAGGAAAUCAUGGAAAUCCACAGGAUAAGAGGGUCGUCGCCUUCCAGCUGUGGCUCUAGCCCAUUGAACAUCACAAGUACACCUCCCCCUGACGCCUCUUCUCCGGGAGGCAAGAAGAUUUUAAAUGGAGGGACACCAGACAUUCCUUCCAGUGGCCUACUACCAGGGCAGGCUCCAGAGAACCCAGGCUAUCCAUAUUCGGAUAGUUCUUCUAUUCUUGGUGAGAACCCUCACAUAGGCAUAGACAUGAUAGACAACGAUCAAGGCUCAAGUAGCCCCAGUAAUGAUGAGGCAGCAAUGGCUGUCAUAAUGAGCCUCUUGGAAGCAGAUGCUGGGCUGGGUGGCCCUGUUGACUUUAGUGACUUGCCAUGGCCAUUGUAAACACUACGUGUUGCUUUGACAACAGGUAAGGAUCAAAGUGCAUUACUGGUGAAGUUUUACAGACUAUGAAGUUUACUGGAUAAGGAGAGACCAGCUUUUAUGUACUGUCUUCAUAAAAGCCAUUUCAGAGCCAUUGAUACAAGUCAAUCUUACCAUGUGUAACUUCAGACAAAGUGGACCUAAGCCUGCUCCAGUGUUUCUUCAUCAUAUGAUUAUUGGGCUAGCUGUGGAUAGCUUGCAUUAAUUGUAUAUUUUGGAUUCUGUUUGUGUUGAAUUUUUUAAUCAUUGUGCACAGAAGCAUCAUUGGUAGCUUUUAUAUGCAAAUGGUCAUUUCAGAUGUAUGGUGUUUUUACACUACAAAGAAGUCCCAUGUGGAUAUUUCUUAUAUUAAUUGUAUCAUAAAGCCGUUUAUUCUUCCUUGUAAGAAUCCUUUACUAUAAAUAUGGGUUAAAGUAUAAUGUAUUAGACAGUUAAUAUUUUUAAUAAAUGUUUCCCUUGUUCUAUAAA